ACACAAUUCGUAUCUCACACAUACACGGGAUAAACAAGGAACGCCGAAAUAACGCGUUCAUCUGGGUGAUUUCUUUAAUAUAUUUUCAAUAUUUUCCUAUAUAAUUAAAUUACCCAGAAACGUAGUUUCGUUUGUGUUUCAAAGUUCAGUUCCCAAUAUCAUUUCUUUCCACAAGUAAAAAAAGAUUCUUGUUGAUAAUCUUAUCUCUCUCUCUCUCAAAGAAUCUCAUACCCCUCCCUCCCUCGAAUCUUCUUCUAGCGUUUAAUCUACGUUUUCAUCAUCAUUUCCCCAUGGCGAUCAAGAAGAUGAACAGUUUGAUCCCUACCUGCUCUUCCCCGGACGAUCUGAAACGCGUUCUCCAGACGCUAGGCUCGACCUGGGGAGACGUGGUCGAAGACCUCGAGAGCCUUGAGGUUGUUCCGUUGAAAGGAGCCAUGACCAACGAGGUCUACCAGAUCAACUGGCCUACCUUAAACGGAGGAGAAGAUGCUCUUCACCGCAGAGUUCUUGUUCGGAUCUACGGAGACGGCGUUGACCUUUUCUUCAACAGAGACGACGAGAUCAAAACCUUCGAGUGUAUGUCUCAUCACGGUUAUGGACCUAAGCUUCUUGGCCGCUUCUCCGAUGGUCGUCUCGAAGAGUUCAUCCACGCAAGAACUCUUUCUGCAGGUGAUCUCCGUGUGACCGAAACAUCUGAUUUAAUCGCGGCGAAACUAAGAGAGUUUCACAAGCUAGAUAUGCCUGGUCCAAAGAACGUACUCCUCUGGGAAAGGCUCAGGACUUGGCUCAAGGAAGCUAAGAACCUGUGUUCGCCGACAGAGAUCGAUGAGUUUCGUUUGGAAGCUAUGGACGGUGAAAUCAACUUGUUGAAAGAGAGGCUGACUCGGGAGGAUCAGGAGAUUGGUUUCUGUCACAAUGAUCUUCAGUAUGGUAACGUCAUGAUCGAUGAGGAAACCAACGCUAUUACCAUCAUAGACUAUGAGUAUUCGAGUUUCAACCCUAUCGCUUAUGACAUUGCUAACCACUUCUGUGAAAUGGCUGCUAAUUACCAUUCAGACACUCCUCAUGUUCUUGAUUACACUCUAUAUCCAGGAGAAGAAGAACGGAGAAGGUUCAUUAGCACAUACCUUGGCUCUACAGGGAAUGCACCAAGCCAAGAAGAAGUGGAUAGGUUAAUGACUGAUGCAGAGAGAUACACUUUGGCAAAUCAUAUCUUUUGGGGCUUAUGGGGAAUCAUCUCGGGGCAUGUGAACACGAUUGAGUUUGAUUACAAGGAAUAUGCAAGGCAGAGAUUUGAACAGUACUGGCUUAGAAAACAAAUGCUCCUAGAUUGAGGAUGAAGAAGAUUCACAUUGAAGAAAACUUGAAUUUCUAAAAGUUUCUGCAGUUAGAUAAAAGGAAAGGAGAAUAUUUAGGUGAAUAUUAUGCUAUUGUUGUUACUUUCACCAGUUUGUCUGUUUUCCUCCAUUGUAUAUAGAGGUUUGUAAACUUUCAAAGCAAUGGACAUGGCUUUUGUUAAAUAAGGAAAAUAUAUAGCAAUGAAUCUUAACAAACAA